AUGAUCAAUGAUUCUGGUGCACCAGCAGAUUUUUGCUCUGUCUACGACGGCGCUUCGAUCACAAAUUUGGUGAUUUCUGUUCUCAUCACUGCAGGCAUCUUCGUUAGUUACUUGCCACAGUAUUUUCGAAUCUACAAGAAAAAGACAUCCGAGGGGCUUUCGGUAAGCUUUCUUCUCCUUGGGUCCUGUUCGCUGAUUUUCACAUUCACCAAUAUCAUUAUGAUUAGCUCGAGGGCGAGGUUUUGCUGCCGGUCAGGAGCCUUGACGCUCUUCAACUGUAUUAAUUCACAGCUCAAUCUUAUCCAAAUUGGACUUCAAUGUACAUGUGCUAUAAUGAUUUUAGUAUUUGUGAUAGUAUGGACGAGAGGGUCGAUGAAGCAGGAUAAGGAGGAGUUUUCUCGGAUACUCAGAGUGAGCUAUUUGGUGAUGCUCCAUGCCGCACUUUCGGCAACCCAGAUAGUCAUUGCGUUUUCGACUAGCAGAUCAGUGCUUCUUGCAUUGGCACAGUUCAAUGGCCUCAUGUCCACUUUAUUGACUGUGAUCAAAUACGUCCCACAGAUUCUCACUACUUAUCGUUUGAAACACCCAGGGACGCUAUCCAUAGGCAUGAUGUGUAUUCAAACCCCAGGCGGCUUUAUAUUCACCGCCACUCUAUUUUUCACAAAGGGUUCUCACUGGAGCUCUUGGAUGUCGUAUCUCGUGGCUGCUUUACUACAGGGCACUCUUUUGGCGCUUUGUAUCUUUUACGAGCACAACAGUGGAUACGAAGAUUUAGAACGAGCAGAGGUAGAGAGGAUCGAGCACGAAAAUGCACUGGAAGCAAACGGAUUGCUACUGUAG